CAUUCAUUUCAAUCAGUCGAGAUAUUUUUGCUAUAAAUUAAAGUAGUCACUUUGAAUCUUGCAAUUGGGUUUUGUCUCAGUAGAUUAGCAGCCAUGGAAUUCUCAGUACAAAUAGUUUUUGCACUUGUUGUUGCUUUAAUCAUCUUCAUCAUUGGGGCUGUAGCCAGAGUUCAAGGCAACAAUAAACAACAUAAAAGACCACCGCCCGAGCCAGCGGGAGCUCGGCUGCUGCUUGGUCACCUUCAUCUUUUUGGCAAAAACCAGCUAAUACAUAGAAAACUUGGGUCUUUGGCUGACGAGUAUGGACCUGCCUUCUUGAUCCGCCUUGGAAUCCAUCCAACACUUGUUGUGAGUAGCUGGGAUGUCAUAAAAGAAUGUUUCACUACGAAUGACAAAAUUUUCCCUACACGCCCAAGAACCUUAGCCGCAAAGCUUAUGGGCUAUGACCAUGCCUUGAUGGGGUCAGCUCCUUAUGGACCCUAUUGGCGCCAUACAAGGAAACUAGCAACGGUUGAGCUACUCUCUAAUCGUCGACUCGAUUUACUCAGGGACGUUCGGGAAAUUGAAAUCAACAAUCUCCUGAAAGGGUUGUACAACGAAUCAGUGGAAAAUGGAGGCGUUGCCGUUGUGCAAAUGAAGGACAAGAUUUCAGAUUUAACAAUGAAUGUUAUAGUGAAGAUGAUGACUGGAAAAGGAUAUAGUGGCCCUGAUGGGAGAAAUGACGAGGAAUCCAAACGAUGCCAAAAGGCCUUGAAUGAAUUCUUUUACCUGGCGGGGUUGUUAACGAUUUCGGAUGCAGUUCCUUUUCUUGGUUGGAUUGAUCUUCUGACAGGAACGAUAAGCAAAUUUAAGAACACUGCAAAGGAGUUGGAUUAUGUGCUUGGAAGCUGGGUGAAGGAACAUCGUGAAAGGAAGCUCGCAGGAGAUAUCAAAGGCGAAACAGAUUUCAUUGAUGUCAUGCUGUCUAACUUGGAUGAUGGCAAGACUUCACAACAAGAGGUAGAUAAAACUAUCAAGGCUACUUGCCAGAGUCUUCUCUUAGGUGGUAAUGACACAACUGUGCUUACACUUACAUGGGCACUCUCCUUGCUAUUGAACAACCGCCAUGCGAUAAAGAAAGCUCAGGAUGAACUUGAAGCCCAGGUAGGAAAGGGCCGGCAAGUGGAGGAGUCAGACAUGAAGAACCUCCCAUACUUGCAAGCCAUUGUCAAGGAAGCAUUGCGAUUAUACCCAGCUGCCCCACUCUCAGCACCAAGAGAAGCCAUGGAAGAUUGUACAGUAGCGGGUUUCCAUGUUCCAAAAGGCACUCGCCUUCUUGUUAACUUGUGGAAGUUAAUGCGAGACCCCAAUGUUUGGGAACAGCCUUCAGAAUUUAGGCCUGAGCGGUUCCUUAAUGAACAUGUCGAGUUUGAUGUAAGGGGUCAAAAUUUUGAGUUUAUACCAUUUGGUUCUGGCAGAAGGAUGUGCCCAGGUGUCACUUUUGCUCUUCAAGUCCUUCAUUUAUCUCUGGCUCGGCUGCUUCAUGGAUUCGAUUUAGGGACUGUGUCAGAUCAACCAGUGGACAUGACUGAAAGCCCUGCAUUAACUCUCCCUAAAGAGACACCAUUGGUGGUUACCGUUUCCCCAAGGCUAUCACCCAAGCUCUAUGGCUGUUAAUCAACAUCGGAGAGAGAAAACGCCUGCUUCUCAGUCGCCGCCUUCUUCAUCCUUUUGGUGCAUUUACGUGGAUCAAUAAGCACAUAUUUAUGUUUCUUCUGCCAAAAAUAAUAUAUUGCAAACUUUGUUUUUUAUCUUAUUUAGACCAAAAA